UGCUAUAUAUAUGCACGUCCAGUCUUCCAAAGCCAGCUUAUGCGAAAGCCUCUCAACAAUGGAGUCUCAUAGGUAGCUUCAUUUUAGUGGUAAACAGAUCUUCGUUUUUUAUUAUUUUUAUUUUUGUAAUUCUUCUUGUGUCUCCGGCGGAAGCAGAUUCCGUCGCCGAGUUCUGACGUGUCUUACCAUGCUAUAAUGGCAAAGGGUUGGAAACUGACGACGAGCCUAAGCGAAAGGUACCUGGGGACGUAUAGCUACGGCAGCAACGGGCACAUCCAAGGGUCGAACGGCACGGACUCAUCGGAGCUCGGAGAAGAAGAUGUCUGGUCCAUGGUUGACGGCAUGGCAGGCCGGGAGGAUCACGUCGGCUUCAGCAACAACAGUCCGCAUGCAGAGUGGACUCCACGCACCUUUGGGGAGAGCAACGCGAGCGUGGGUGUUGGGAACCACCACCAGAUCCCUCGGGAUGACCGACUCAUGGGCGGGCUGUCGCAGGCCUUCGAGGACUCGGGCCGUCCGACGGCGUCACCUAGGAUCGUGCACCAACACGGGGUCCACCACAUGGCCACGUCGGCUCCUGUGAACGUGCCGGACUGGAGCAAGAUCCUGCGGGUUGACUCGGUCGACUCGCUGCAAGAGCUGGACGACGGGUUGGAUGAUGGGGACCCGGAGAUGGUGCCCCCACACGAGUACCUGGCGCGAAGCAGGAAGAUAGCGGCCACCUCGGUUUUUGAGGGCGUGGGCCGGACACUGAAGGGCCGGGACAUGAGGCGAAUAAGAGAUGCGGUUUGGAGUCAGACCGGGUUCGAUGGUUAAAUUUAUUUACUGCACGAAGCACAAGGAUUUGAACCCGGUUGGACUGUCCAUUGUUGUUUGUACUUUGUAUUGUUUUGUGGGUCGUAGCUGGAUGUUUAAUAUUCUUAACAGCUAUAUAUAUUUAUUUUGUCUCAACUUGGGCGAUGAUUCGGUCUAGUCGGUUCGGUUCGUUCACCCGAGUCGACUUUGGUGACAAGUGAGCCUAAGCAAUUGGUUCAUAAUUCAGAAUUUGUGGCUGUGACUGUGA